AUGCCUGCGGCCUCUAGAGCCUCCUCACAGUCAUCACGGUCCAUAAAAAAGGUAGGCAGCACAACUAAGCUGCCUUCAUUCCACACAGAUGAACAACCUAUCCUUCCAGCCGACAAUGAACUCAAGCGAGGACUCAAGGCUCGGCACCUGUCCAUGAUCUCUAUCGCCGGUACCAUCGGCACAGGAUUGUUCUUGGCAUCUGGGUCCUCCAUCGCACAGGCUGGACCGUUGGGUGCCCUGAUUGCUUAUAUCAUGAUCGGAUCCAUGGUCUUCUUCAUGAUGACCUCGCUUGGCGAAAUGGCAACCCUCAUCCCAACGGCUGGAUCCUUCAACACCUAUGCUGCUCGCUUUGUCGACCCUGCACUUGGUUUUGCCCUUGGUAUCAACUACUUUUUGAAUUGGGCAGUGACAGUUGCGGUGGAGAUUGCGGCAGCUGCCAUGAUCCUUGAAUUCUGGGUCUCGCCGAGCGUUUUGCCAGGCUGGGUAUGGAGCUUAAUCUUCCUGUUCAUCAUGGUCUUUGUUAAUUUUCUGUCGGUGCGCGCUUAUGGCGAAGCAGAGUACUGGUUCAGUGUCAUCAAAGUCCUCACGGUCGUCAUUUUCAUCAUCGUCGGAGUCUUGGUGGACGCAGGGGUUAUCGGAGGCCACAAGAUCGGAUUCAGUAACUGGACUAUUCCAGGCGCACCCGUGGUCGAUGGCUUCGGCGGCAUCCUCGCCGUGUUCUUGGUGGCCGGUUUUUCGUUUCAGGGCACGGAGCUGAUCGGUAUUGCCGCUGGAGAGAGCGAGAACCCACGUAAGAACGUUCCCAAGGCGAUCAAGCAAGUCUUUUGGCGCAUUCUCCUGUUCUACAUCAUCUCGAUCUUUAUCAUCGGCCUCGUCAUCCCGCACGACGAUCCCAACCUGCUCAACAGCGGAAGCGUCGACAAGUCUGCUAUUGCUGUUUCGCCCUUCACCCUAGUCCUCCAAAAGGCCUUCCAACCAGCAUCGCAUAUCAUGAAUGCCGUUAUCUUGAUCACAGUUCUCUCCGCCGGCAACUCUGGCAUGUACGCGUCGACACGAACUCUACUCAUGCUUGCUCGUGACGGGAAGGCGCCAGCCAUCUUUAGCCGUGUCAACUCUCGAGGCAUUCCCAUGCCGGCCCUGAUCUGCACCACUGUCAUCUCCGCCAUUUGCUUUUGCAUGUCGCUGUUCGGCUCAGGACAGGUUUACAACUGGCUUCUGAAUAUCUCCUCCAUCUCGGGAUUUAUUGCCUGGCUGGGUAUUGCGAUUUCCCACUAUCGCUUCCGUCGAGCAUAUGUCGCGCAGGGUGGAGAUGUCUCCCGUCUUCCCUACAAGGCUGCUAUGUUUCCCUAUGGUCCUAUCUACGCACUCCUGCUGUGCACGGUCGUCGUCUGUGGGCAAGGAUACUCCGAGUUCACAAAGCCCAAUCCCCAGGCAGUCAAUCUGGUAGCCUGCUACAUUGGCUUGCCGUUCUUCUUGUUCACGUAUUUGGGUUACAAGUUCUACUAUAAGACCAAGUUGGUGCCAUUGAUGGAGUGCGACUUUAGCGUCUCGAAUUUAGAGGACGGAGAUAUCGAUGAGUUCCACGAGCUCUACGAGCCCAGCAAGAAUCAGGCGGAUGAAAAAGACCAAUAA